AUGUUUCAGUUUUGUACAGGGAUAUUAGAAAAACACAAUUAUGCUCAGCAAGUUCAUGAAGUACUAACUGAAGAUGGUUAUCUGUUAACCAUAAAUCGUAUUCUAAGUAAAAAUACAUCAGAUCCCAAUCCAAAAGUAGUGUUUCUAAAUCAUGGCUUCCUCCAAUCGGCGUAUUAUUGGCUCAUCAGAGGACCACCGGACGCUUUAGGCUUUGUGUUGGCCGAUGCUGGAUAUGACGUCUGGCUAAUAAACAAUCGUGGCAAUGGCGAUUCAAUGACCGCCGUACACCCACCAGCAACCGACGAUUUCUGGAAUUUUGGUCACGAUGAAAUCGGACUAUAUGAUACACCUGCGGCCAUCGAUUACAUUCUCGAUGAAACAAAUCAAACUGAUCUGACGUUUGUUUGUCACUCGCAGGGAUGCACUAUGUAUUAUAUCAUGUGUUUAGAGAAGCCUGAAUAUGAGGUUAAAAUUAACAAAUUAAUUGGGUUAGCGCCAUUUUUCGAUAAUAUUUUUAAAUAUAACUACGGACCAACUAAGAAUCUUCAAAUUUAUGGCACAACAUCACCACCAAUAUAUAAUUUAACUCUUCUUGAACACAGUCCAAAAUAUUUAUUCUACGGUGAUUUAGAUUACACUGUAAGUCCGAGGUCUUUCGAGCAUUCUCUGAAACAACUAAGUAAUGUUCAUCAAGUGAUAAGAAUUGAUGGAUACGCCCAUUGUGAAUUCACAUUCGGUUGGAGUGUAUAUUCAAAAGUAAACACAAAAAUUUUAUCAAUUUUACAAGAUAAAAAUUAA